CGCUUCUCCAGCUGAAGGAUCCCGGGGGGCCGAACAGCCCCUCCCGCCGCCCCCCUUCCCCGACUUCCAGGCAGAACCAACACUAGCAGUGAUGUGAACAAUGGCUGAUCAGGCCAAAGCAUCCCUGGAGCCAGAGGGCUCUUCUCCUGCCUCCUUUUCUCCCCUGGGCUCACCUCAGCAAAGAGACCCAACGGUCAUUUCCCAAGAGAUAACCAGUCAGUUCGCCAGCACCAGGAGCAAAGAGGACUGGGAGAACCUGGACGGGAGUGAGUUGAUUUUCACCUUGGAUAAGGAUGAAGAGGAAGGAGCUGCCAAUUUGCCUGAGGACACUGUUCUGUAUGUGGACACUGGGCAGUUUGAAGGCCAACCUGGAUCUUCGUUCCAUAGACCAUUCCCUCCGGCUUCUCCUCCAGAGCUGGGCUUCCUGACCGACAUGCCCCUCUAUCAUCUGCCUGGCUUCUCUCCACAGAGCUCCACUGCCCCCCUGAAUCUGCAGGGCUCCCCGGGCCCCAAGCCCCUCAUUAACUUAGUGAAGUCCCUGUCGACUGAGAUACAAGCCAAGGAGAGCUGCCCUCUCAAGCCCCAGCCCUUGCUGAACUUGGUGACGCAGUCCAAGUCAGACUCAAAGCUCAACGUGCAUCUGUGGAGGCAGAUCACCCAGCCCAAGAGCAGAGGUGGGGACUCCAGGACAGCCCCCUCCUCCCCCAAUAUCUCCCCUUCGGAAAGCAAAGGCAGCUUCUUCAGGGUGCAGGAGGCCAAGUUCGAAGACACAAAGAGGAGGUUCUCCGAGGCCAUGCAGGAACCUCUCAGCAGGCUCAGCAAAAUCAUCGGGGACGAGAACAGCGUCUCAGCCAAGUAUAAACUGCCCCACUCCGGUGAUUACGUCCAUGACUCCCCAUCCAGCCACAGCGGGGACCGCACUAGUGCAGACACCCAGGCUGCUAGGCCCAGCCCUGGGAAAGUGGAGAGCGACUGGCCGGGACAGCACGCAAGCAAAGUGAUCCGGAGAACCCAGGCAAAGGACGGCUUCCCCUUGGAGCGCAAGUGGGGGGCCGCCUUGAACUGCACGUACGAGAUCUGCUCCUGUGGAGACGUAAUCCAGGUGGUGGAAGUGGAGCAGAGUGAGAACGGCCCAGAGGAAGCACAGCUGCAGCAGCCCCUGGACGAGCUCCCCCCAGCCCAGCCUGCCAGCCCAGUGCCAUGCAAAACCCUCGCCUGCGUCGCCAUCCUGGCUUACAAUUACUUCAUCCUGCCUCUGCCCCCUUACUUCUCAGGCCUCUGUCUGGGACUGGCCUCUGGGUUCGUGCUGGGCUUCCUGAUCAUCCUGCUGUUCGUGCCAAAGCCUUCCCUGGCUCCCCAGCAGGGACAGUACCCACAGGACAAGCUGCGCUCAGAGCUGCUAACAAGGAAGCCACAGGUACCAGAUGUCCUCAAGAGCUGGAUGAACGAGAUGUAUUUCUACGACCCAGAGACCUACCACCCGUCGCUCACUCACUCGGUGUUUGUGACGCUGGAAGGCUCUGCCAUGAAGCUCUCUUACCCUAAGAACAACGUCCCACGCCAAGCCACCUUUGAAGAAGAAACCCUUGACGUGGCCUUUGUCAGCCAUCGGCACUACGACUUGAGCAACGCCCAGGUCUUUCUCUUCCCACCUGGGCUGGCCCGAAAGAGGAUGUGGAACAAGAAAUAUCCCAUCUGCAUUCUGUUCCCAGACCAAAAGGACCAGAAUUUCAGAAGCUCAAAUGAGCAUGACAUUGAGCUCCCAAGAGAUGAAAGCCUGAAAAUGACUCAGACACCAGGCCAAGACGUCCCCCUGAAGCCUCCAGGGGACCUCCAGCAAAGGACCCUCUACCUCUUUGGAAGAACAGGAAGGGACAAAGAAGAGUGGUUCCAACAUCUCAUGAGGGCCUCCCGAGGGGACUGUCACAAGGUGCAGAGUGCCAGCUGGAGAGAAGGCAAAUUUGGUUUCGGUCCGAACCAGCUCUCCAGCCCUUCAGGAAAGGACAUCAACAGCAGUGGCAGCAGCCGAGGAAGCACGGACGACAUCCCUUUGUUGUUCAGACCCAAGGAUCUAGCUGGGACCGUCCGGCAGAAGAUUCUUCUGGAUCACAGCACCUACAUGUCCCGGAUAGUCCAGCCAGAAAUGGGCACCAGCCCCCUUCAGAGCCCCUGUCACAGCGCCAUGGGCAGCCCAACCCCCCAAAAGGUGAGUGAAGCCAACGGCGUAGUCUGGCAAGAAAUCCAGAUGCUUAGAGAAACAGACGUGAAUUCUCAUAAAAGACUUGCCCAUGCCCCUCAGCUCACUUCAUCCUUUCUAGGCCCUCUACUCCCGUACUUUAUGAACGAGCUCACUCUCACCGAGCUGGACAUGGGGACAUCCAUCCCCCUCGUUCUCAGUGCCUCCAAUCCGAUCAUCGAUAACCGAGGGCUUUGGGUGGACCUGGAAGUCAUCUACAACGGCGCCCUACAGAUGACACUGGAGACAAAGAUGAACUUGUGCAAGUUGGGGAAAGAGGCACUGGCAGAGGAGAGUGGGCAGGCGGCUGCUGAUGGGGAAGGGGCAAAGCCUCGGGUGGUCCUGCUGGCAGACAGCGAUGCAGAAUCCUCCAGCGCCGGCUCCUCCGACGAAGACGUCCUAGCAGCAGAGCCUUCUGCAGCCCUGGGAGAGAGGAUUGUCCCCUCUCCUGCUGAAGGCCACAGUGGCAGCAACAGCACCAGCCGCAAGAUCCUGCGCUUCGUGGAUAAGAUCGCCAAGUCCAAGUACUUCCAGAAGGCCACUGAAAACGAGUUCAUCAAGAAGAUGAUUGAGGAGGUGUCCAACACGCCGCUGCUGCUGACUGUGGAAGUCCAGGAGCUGUCCGGGACCUUGGCUGUGAACAUUCCUCCACCCCCGACAGACCGAAUCUGGUACAGCUUCCGAAUCCCUCCCCAGCUGGAGCUGAAAGUCCACCCGAAGCUGGGUGAGCGGGAAGUCACCUUCAUCCACGUCACGGAAUGGAUUGAGAGGAAGCUGCAGCAUGAAUUCCAGAAAAUUUUAGUGAUGCCAAACAUGGAUGAUCUCAUCAUUCCCAUCAUGCACUCCGGCUUGGAACCCCAACCCCCCAUGGAGGAGCCCUUGAAGGACCUUCCAGCGGAUAGCGAGAAGUGGCUCUGAAGAGUGACCCACUGGCUGGGUCAAGACACUUGGCAGAACUCUGGAGGAUUUGCGGAGAUGCCCAGCUAACCUGGACCUGGCCACCGGUUGCCACACAGGAGCCAAGACUCUGAUCUGAAGUCUUCAGGUUCAUCUCUCCAUCUCGUCUUCAGCAUCCCCCAGCCCAUCAAAGGAGCCUCUUCUUCAAAUAUGAUGCAGCACGUUAAGGACAGAAACAUACACCCCUGGGGGAGGAGCAAGUUGGAGUCACCCAAGCAUACAAAACUCCAGGUAGUUCAUCCAUCACCACCAGGUUCCUCUGGAUCAAUACAACUCCCUUGUGGCCAGUU